AUGUAUGGCUCCGAGUGCUGGGCCGUCAAAAAGGUACACGAGCAAAAGAUGAGCACUAACGAGAUGAAGAUGCUGCGGUGGGCAGCGGGAGUGACCAGACUUGACAAGAUACGCAAUGAGUACAUCAGAGGUUCGUUCAAAGUGGCUCCAGUUAUCGAGAAAAUGACUGAAAGCCGACUGAGAUGGUUCGGGCAUGUGAUGAGGAGAGAUGAGGAAUACCCUGUCAAAAAGGCAUUGGCUAUACUGGAUAAGAAAAGGGGCAGAGGAAAACCGCCUACCACGUGGUGGACAACCGUUAGCAAAGAAAUACAACGGGCACAGCUGAACACACAGACAACCCAGGAUAGGGUGUCCUGGCGCCUACGAACGAGGAGGGCCGACCCCACGUAA